CUCUCCCUGGUCCCUCCCUCUCCUCCUCCUCCUCCUCCCUCGUCCUCGACGACUCUCUCGCUCUCUUUCGCUCGGGCGCCGAGGAGAAGUCUUGCGCGCUCCUCCGCGCGCCCUCUUUCGCUUCCCUUGCCCGUCCGCCAGUCUGUGCGCGCCCUCGAUCACAUGGUGCUUCGAGAAAUGCUCCAAAGAUGGCGGUAGCGGCGGCCGGAGGGGGAGGCGGCGUCGGCCGGGUGCAGCGCAGUGGCGCGCUGGAAGUUUUGGUGCGCGACCGGUGGCACCGGGUGCUGGUGAGCCUGAGCGACGAGGCGCUGGUGCUGAGCGCCGACGACGGUGGCGCUCCCGCCGCCGCCGCGUACAACGGCAUCGGGGCGUCGGGCAGCAACGGCAAUGGGACUUUCUGCAGCGGGGCAGCGCUGGGUCCGGCGUCGGGGGGCGCCUCGGCCGCCUGCAGCCUUUCCAGCGGGGGUUCUCCGGAGUCGCCGUCGGGGGGCGGCGGCGGCAUGAGCCCUAAAUCGGGUUUGAUGAGCGGGGUGCGCACGGCUUUCACCGACCUGCCCGAGCAAGUCCCCGAAGCUAUCUCCAACAAGAAGCGGUGCGUCAAGGUGCUCAAGCAGGAGAUGGGCGGGCUGGGCAUCAGCAUCAAGGGGGGCAAGGAGAACAAGAUGCCCAUCCUGAUCAGCAAGAUCUUCAAAGGGCUGGCCGCCGACCAGACCCAGGCGCUCUACGUCGGGGAUGCCAUCCUGGCCGUCAACGGCACGGACCUGCGCGACGCCACCCACGACGAAGCGGUGCAAGCGCUCAAGAGGGCGGGCAAGGAGGUGGCGCUGGAAGUGAAGUACAUGAGGGAAGCCACCCCCUACGUCAAGAAAGGGUCUCCGGUUUCUGAAAUUGGCUGGGAGACCCCCCCACCCGAAUCUCCGCGGCUGGGGAACGCGUCCACCGACCCCCUGUCUCAGCUGUCCCUCUCCAUCCACAGAGACAAAAAGACGAUCCCGCUCAAAAUGUGCUACGUUACGCGGAACAUGGCCGUGUCGGACCCAGAAAACAGGCUCGUAGAAGUUCAUUCGCCAGAUGCCAGGCACACCCUGGUUCUAAGGAGUAAGGAUUCCGCCACAGCGCAGGCCUGGUUCCACUCCAUCCACUCCUGCAUCAGCGAUCUCAUUCCUAAGGCCAUCUCGGAGGUCAAAGAUCAGCUGGGCAAAGCAGGAAUUGCUGGAGCUCGAGAGAUCAGGCACCUCGGCUGGCUCGCAGAAAAGGUGCUGGGAGAGAACGAGAGGCAUUGGAAAGCUGUGCUUGUUGUACUGACUGAGAAGGAUCUCUUGAUGUACGAGAGCAUGCCACGGAUCAAAGAGGCUUGGUUCAGUCCUCUUCAUUCAUACCCUCUGCUGGCCACCAGGUUGGUACAUUCCGGAGCUGGGAAAGGCUCCCCCCAGGCUGGGAUGGAUUUGUCCUUUGCUACCCGUACGGGUACGCGGCAAGGAAUCGAAAGCCAUCUCUUCAGGACGGAGACCGGCAGGGACCUCUCGCUGUGGACGCGGAGCAUAGUUCAGGGUUGUCACAAUGCUGCGGAACUCUCAAUGGAAAUCACUGCCGCUUGCACCUACAAAAGCCAGGAAUGCCGUCUGACCAUUCAUUACGAACACGGAUUCUCCCUCGCAGCUGAACCCCAAGAUGGUGCCUUCCCCAAAACCAUUCUACAGUUUCCCUACGAAAAGCUAAAAAUGUCCUCGGACGAUGGGAUUCGGAUGCUUUACUUAGACUUCGGAGGAAAGGAAGGAGAAAUUCAACUGGACCUUCACUCUUGUCCAAAGCCAAUUGUGUUCGUCAUUCAUUCAUUCCUUUCGGCCAAGAUUACAAGACUUGGGUUGGUAGCAUAAGCACAGUCUGAAGGAAGAAUGGAGGAGCUGCCUGCACCAUCUAAAUGGCAAGGGACAUCUCGGCAACAGCAGAAGCUGCUAGGGAUAGAUAUAUAUAAAUAUUCUGCACAGGAGCAAUGCCCAACGUUUGGACCAGCUACAAAAACGGAGCACAGAAAGGAGGAAGAGUUGCCGAGAUGCCCGAGAGCAGGACAUUUGCUUCGACUAACACACUGCAGAGGGAAACAAAACUGAUGGCUUGUAAAUAAAGGAAAUAAAUAAAUAAUUGAAGGAGUAAA